AUGAUUGAGAUUUCCGGGUUUGGCCACCUUCAAAGUGUGUUCAGCAAUAAUGCAAAGGUGUCUGUGAUUUACUUCUACGCCACUUGGUGUGGCCCAUGCCGUCAAAUCAAGCCGGAAUAUCACAGAAUGAAGCAGUACAACGACCCCGAUAAGGUGGUUUUUUGUAUGUGUGAUGUGGACCGCAAUCGGGACUGCGCCGCGCAUUUUAAUGUCACGGCGAUGCCGACUUUUGUGGUUUGCCUUGGCGAGGAGACGAUCACGACCGUCCGAGGCGGCGAUCUGGACCAAGUUCAGCGAAGUAUCGAUAUCGCCCUCACGCAGCUUCCCGUUCGCAUGACGGACCCGAUUCUCAACAAGGAGGAAUGCCAUAACGCCUUCGCGGAAAAGAUGCUCGACAUUCAAAUCUCCUGUUGUAUCGAUGAUAUUGUCCAGGUGAGAGACUCCUGCGAUGCGGCCUACAAAAUGCUGAUGGCGAAUACCCCGGGAUAUUCUUCAGGGACUAAAUUAAUUCCGUAUUUAGCGUCUAAGGCGUGUUCGACGGUGGCCUUGGAUGCACUUUUCAAAAAUAUCGCGUCGCGCGCCCCACCGGAGUGCUAUGAUAGCAAAUUUAUCGUGAAUCAGGUACUGCGUUAUAUUUUAGACAUCGCCCUGCAUAUUACAUGGGAUUCUACCUUGGUUAUCGAAGCUAUUCAUCAGGUGAUUUAUUCCCUCAUCAAGUGCAGAAAGACGCGGGAGAUCGUGGUGCGGAGCAUGUUCUUUGACAACAUGUUUAUUCGUUCAGGGUUUGAACUGGAGCAAUCGACAGUGCUGGGUGCAUUGUUGGGCAUUGGUCCAGUUUCGAGAGGGCAUGGUAUUUUGGUUUCUCAACUCAACAUGUAUAUGUGGCAACAUCUUAUAAAGCUAUUUAAUCCACAGGAGAAAGAAAAACACCCUCAACAUAUUUAUGAAAUUCAGCAGAUCAUGGAGACGCUCGCACAAUGGAAUAGUCGCUUGGUUCAAACGCUCUUUCGAAUUAAAGAUACACGUGAUGCGACGUUUAAAUAUUUUAAUCGUGCUCUUAAGCUUAACGAGAAUUAUCAAAAAAUCGCGCACCAGAAUGACCCCCUUUCCUCUCGUUCUUUUAUGGUUCAAAUGCAGGCAGCUCUGAUCGAGGUGGCACUUCCCAUCUUCGGGGACAAAGAAAGGGAGUCAAGGACACCGUUCAGCAUGAUCCCGGCAUCCUAUCUGCUGGAGGAUUUAGCGGUUCACGAAGUGGUCAGCUUUGGCGUGGAAUCCGAGCGAGUAGCACACUUCGAUGAGCACACAAAUCCGCUUCCGUCAGUUUCCAACGGUGAAGGGACUUACAAAACCUUUAUACAUCUUUUUUUCUCCGCCUCUCGUAUUCUCACCCUGUGCUCAGCAGUUUUUACCGAUGAACACGAUCUCGAUGAGCGUAAUGCCGGACAUCCACAAGUUUCCCCUCAUGAGCGCACCGCCUUGAUUCUGGAAAAGUGCCUCUACGAGGGCCUUCUUGGGUCUCCAAAGUUGGGGGAAAGCCAGCUUCGCUACGUCAACGGCCUUGCAGGGUGGCUGCUGUUCAUCAUGGGCGCGGAUAGUGAUGGUCAUCUUCCCGCGACCCCCCCUGUAGAGUGGAAGUACCUACCACAGCAGCUUGUGGACUGUGUUUUUCGCGCCACCAAAAUGAUACCGUUGUGCAGUUUGAAUGUGGACAAUAUGAUCUCACUCAUGCUAAUGCUGAUGGGGAAUACUCUUUACUUCCCUAAACCACACACGCAUGCACUUUUUCCUUCCUUUUUGAUAAAAUUGUUUGAGAAUCCGGAGACGCGGUCUGUGGUAGAGGGGCACCCGUGGUUCCACGAGCACAUCAUGCGCGCCUGCAUGAAUUGCUAUAUCGCGGUGGAGAAAUUGACCUACGAAAAGGUUCAGGUUCGGUAUGAGCUGUCUUAUUGUCUGAAGAUGUUCCUGGGGUCCGAUAGCCUUUGCCAACCCCUGUACGACGAGUUCCAGCGUGAGGGGGCGAUCCUGGAGCGAUUUUCGCACAUGGCCGUAGCUGAGGUCAAUGAGUCGGUCGACCAACUCAUCCAAAGCCUGACCCAGAUGAACGCGAUGCUGAAGAGCUCGACCGAGCCGUCCGACGAGUCCGCAGGGGCGUCGCACGGCGUCGCCGGGGUUCACUCCGACCCCGCCGUCCCCGACUCCGGCGAGCUCGAGCCCACCUCGGAGACCGGGAUGACCUACUCCCAGAUUGGCAUCGGGCUUCGGUCGCACAUCAUGCUGUUUAUCGCCUCCAUCGACAUGUUCAUCCAGCUCGCCCUGCAGUUCCCUCGCGGGGUGAGCCAGAACCUCGUGGCGCAGCAGAUCAGCCAGAUGCUCGCCCGCAGCCUCGUCGUUUUUGCCGGCCCCAACAGCCGAAACCUCAAAAUCCGCCACGCCGAGGCCUACCAGUUCCGGCCCCACGAGAUCCUAAGCCGGCUCGUGGACUGCCUGACGCACUUCCGCCGCAGCCGGAGCUUCCUGAGCUGCCUCUGCCACUGUGGGAUCCCCCUGGCGGACCUUCAGGGGGCCAUCCAGACCAUCCUCCAACGCGACCUCGUCUCGGAGGAGCUGAGCUGGAAGCUGGGGGAGAUGGCCAGCGCGCUCGAGUCCUGCGCGAAGGGGGCGAUCGAUGAGGAGGCGCUCUGGGACGAGGCCCCGGACUUCGCUCUCGAUGCGCUCCUCUCCACACCGCUUCUCAACCCCGUCGCGCUCCCGUCGGAUGUGAAGGAUUUGCAGGAUUUGUUAUAUGUCAACAAGGAGACCAUCCAUCAUCACCUUUUGUCAGAAAACAAGCACCCCUUUACAAAGGAGUAUUUGGAUGAGCCGAUGGUUGAAACCUUUAAUUCAAGGCCGGACGUUGUAAAAGCAAGAAACGAGCUGCAAAGUAAGAUUAUGGAGUGGUUAAAAGCAGCAAAAAAGGGGAGCGAUAAUGUUCCCCAGUAA